AUGGGCAUGAGGCACUCGUCCCGCUGCCUGCUGCUGCGGAGGAAGAUGGCGGAGAACGCGGCGGACGGCGCCGAGGUGAGCAGCGCCCCCACCCAGCCACCACAAGCCAUCAUCCCAACCAAGCCGGUGCAAUGCGUCCACCACGUGUCCACGCAGCCCAGCUGCCCGGGCCGGGGGAAGAUGUCGAAGCUGCUCAACCCGGAGGAGAUGACCUCUCGAGACUACUACUUCGACUCCUACGCCCACUUCGGGAUCCACGAGGAGAUGCUGAAGGACGAGGUGCGGACGCUCACGUACCGGAACUCCAUGUACCACAACAAGCACGUGUUCAAGGACAAGGUGGUGCUGGACGUGGGCAGCGGGACGGGGAUCCUGUCCAUGUUCGCCGCCAAGGCAGGGGCCAAGAAGGUGUUCGGGAUCGAAUGUUCCAGUAUUUCUGACUACUCAGAGAAGAUCAUCAAGGCCAACCACCUGGACAACAUCAUCACCAUCUUCAAGGGCAAGGUGGAGGAGGUGGAGCUGCCGGUGGACAAGGUGGACAUCAUCAUCAGCGAGUGGAUGGGUUACUGCCUGUUCUACGAGUCGAUGCUCAACACCGUCAUCUUCGCCAGGGACAAGUGGCUGAAGCCAGGGGGCCUCAUGUUCCCAGACCGGGCAGCGCUGUACGUGGUGGCCAUAGAAGACCGGCAGUACAAGGACUUCAAAAUCCACUGGUGGGAAAACGUGUACGGCUUCGACAUGACCUGCAUUCGGGACGUGGCCAUGAAGGAGCCGCUGGUGGACAUUGUCGACCCCAAGCAAGUGGUGACCAACGCCUGCUUGAUUAAGGAGGUGGACAUUUACACCGUGAAGACCGAAGAGCUGUCGUUCACCUCUGCCUUCUGCCUCCAAAUCCAGCGUAAUGACUACGUGCACGCGCUGGUCACCUACUUCAACAUCGAGUUUACCAAGUGCCACAAGAAGAUGGGGUUCUCCACAGCCCCGGACGCCCCCUACACACACUGGAAGCAGACGGUCUUCUACUUGGAAGACUACCUCACGGUCCGGAGAGGGGAGGAGAUCUACGGGACCAUAUCCAUGAAACCAAAUGCCAAAAACGUGCGAGACCUCGACUUCACCGUAGACUUGGAUUUUAAGGGCCAGCUGUGCGAAACAUCUGUAUCUAACGACUACAAGAUGCGUUAG